AUGGUUAAAAAGAAAGUGAAGUUGGCUUUCAUCGAAAAUAACACUGAGAGGAGAGUCUCAUAUAGAAAACGUCAAAAAGAAUUCGUAAUCAAGGCUCGUGAACUCAACACCCCUUGCGAUGUUGAAUUGGCUACCUUCAUCGAUAGCCCUUACCACAAAAAAGCUGAGGUGUUCUCAAAGUUUGAGGAUCUUACAACACAAGAAAAGCAACUUACGAAAAGAAUCAAUGAAAUUGAGAAUGAAAUCGAGAAGGUAAGGAAGGAAAAUAAGAAAAUGGAGUAUACAAACCAGAUGUAUGGAUUGUUGAAUGGUGAACAAAUUCCCAAUCGUAUGAACCCAGAAGAUCUCAGCGGUCUUACUUAUGUGAUCAAUAAAAGCCUCAAACAGGUAAAUGAUGCGAUCAAAGCAAAAAGUCACGAAGAUGGGUUUACAUCGACUGCACCUCAAACUAUUGUUGGACUCAUGGAUUCUAGUGUUACCAGCUCUGAGAUGUCAUGGGAUCCUCUUUUGGCCUCUGUUGAUGCUCCAGUACUAUCAGAGAUUCCUCUUUUGGUUCCAUCUAUUGUAACUAGUGAGACCAAUUUCGAGAAGCCAAGCGCUCCUCUUAAUUCGGUUCAUGUAACACCCAAGUUCUCAACAAGUUCUUAA